UUGUCUCUCUCCAUGUCUUUGUAUUAUCUUGAAGAAUCAGAGCAGAGCCUGAGAGGCACCACAGACAGAGAAAUACAAAGCUACAUACACAAAGUAAGCGGAGCCACACCAACGUGUGUGCACUGCAAAUUAGCACAAACAUAGCGAUCACAUUUAGAACAACAUAAUUGGUAAACAGAACACUUAACGUGUUCUGUAGACAGACACAUUAUUUGCUUAGAACUACACAUAGGUACAUCCAAAACCUACGUAGUUACACGCCCACGGACCCACAGGCAUACAGCGUGACAGCCACACACACAAAAAUUAAUGACCAAAUGGUUGCACAGGAACACUGACACCUCCUUGCUCACGCAUGUAUUCCCAAUCAGUCAUUCAGGGUCACAGCUCUGCUGAGACAUGGAAUUUUCUGUUUUCCUUCUGGGGGUCCUGAGCUCAGCACAAGCCAUUGGCAGUUCUCCUAGUAUACCAAUACUGCCUGUCUCUAUUGAGGUAAAAGAUGUACCCCAAUAUUUCCGAUUACAGCGGGCAGCACCUGGGGAAGAAUCUGUGCCAACACAUGGUAAUAUUGCACAGUCGCACAGUGAGACUUUUAUUGUCACGCGCCUAGGAUCACGUGAACCACAUGUACGGGCUUCCUAUCAGCACCUACAAGUUCAAGAGAAUGUUCCAUGGAAUAAACUGGGAGCCAGGAUAAGAGGUGUACAAGGAGAGGUAGUAGGAGAUGAAGUUUCGCCCUCUGAUCCUGUAACACGUAUUUUGUUUCACCGAUCCGGUGUUGAUGGCCAGGCCCGUGGUGCACAGAACACAUGUGUAAACGUACGAGGAACAUAUGAUGGAGUAAAUGUGGAAGGUUCGUGCAGGAUACAGCUACCCCUUGAUGUUUGUGUUGUUGAACUGCUCUUCUCACCAUCCUGGUUCUCACUUUCAACCUUGCCUUUAAAUGUUACUCUGACUUACAUGGUUUCAGAUGACUGCAAAAGCAUGGGUGAGGUAUCAGAGGUAGCUGGAUCAGUACGUGUGGUUAGUGUAGGCACACCAAGAAUACAGCAAGUCAGUGUGGGUGACUCGGUUACAAUAUCUCUGCCUGACAAGACCCUUUUACCAGGUGAAGUGUUCACAGCCUCCAUAAACCUCAGACAAAACUGGACACAACCAAGCUUCAGCUUAAGGGUGCGGUGUCGUACUGGAUUAGAGCUUCUUUUUGCUCGAUCUGCUGCACCUAACACCUGGGCUAUAAAAACAGAGAUGCAGAAAGGUGCCAAACACCACACUGUGAUUGGGCAUGUGACACAUCGGGGAGCUUCUGAGCGCAGGCCUUUACCAGCAGUUGCCCUUCUAGAUUUUCUUGUUAGUAACAUUUCUGUUGGAUCUGCUGUCUCUCGACGAAUCACAUUUCAGUUGGACAUCCCUGGAAGCAGUGUAGUAGCAGCAGCAGCAGCAGGUGUGCGUGGGAGUGCUGAGGUUCUGGUUUCUGACAGAGAUCUUCGAGCCAUCCUACCACUGGUGAAGUCUCAUGAGAUCUUAAACACAGCUCCCCUCACGGGCAUAUCACAGAAGAUUCCAGUCCGUGUGCUUGCUAUAGAGGCGGGGGGAACAGUUCUGGAUGUCACCAAGCAAGCUGGCUGUGAGACCCCCAAUGCCCAGAUUGUACAGGUGUCCGAUGGCUGUGACUUUUUAUUUGUGGGUGGCAAGGAGACUCAAGGAGCUCUGGGUGUGAAAGUAGAGUUUUGGUUGGAACGCCUCCGUGCCUCUUUGUCUCUCUCUCUUUGGGUCCCACUUCUGCCAUUACGAAUUGAGGUAUCUGAUACCAAUCUACAACGCCUGCAAGGUUCUGGGUUAGUAAGUACCUCUCUGGAAGAUGAUGGUGGGGAGCGAAAAACUUCCAGUGAUCGCAGGAGCCAGAGCUGCCGUCCUCUAUAUCAAAGAGCACGUGUUCGUUUUCUUGCAUAUUUUGUGGCUCACUCUUUGGAUGGUAGUCGGCAGCUAACUUACCUAUUAGGCACUGACUGGUUGUUGGAUGUCUCCCCUUUAAUUCGAAGUCAGGCUGUGAUUAGAGAUCCACACAUUGCACGACUAGAAGAGGAAGGAAGCAUCUUGAUUGGACAGGAGCCAGGAGUUACAUCAGUAGAGGUGCGAUCUCCUGUUUCACAUUCCAUCCUUGGAGAGCAGACUGUAUUAGUGUCAUUGGAAACUGUUUCAGUCUUGGAGCUACGAUCAAACCUAAUGUGGGGGGUGAACUUAUCUGUCAGCACAGCUGAAAUCAAACAUCCAGGGGUAUUUUCUGUUCUGUGCCAAUCAAAUAAUUUAGAGAUGAUUCCAAAGCAGGAGUCCGCACUGUCUCUCUGGUUUCUGUUCAGUGACUUUUCUACUGCUCCAGUUAAUAUUUAUGAUCCCUUAGAUCUAACAGUCAUGGUUGUGUCCUCUGACCCUUCUGUUUUGUCGGUUCGUCGCCCUCUGAUGAAUGGAAACUCUUGGUCUUUGCCAGUACUUGUUUUUGAGAAUGCAGGGCAAUUGCCCUUGCUUAGAUUUUCUAUUUUACUCCCAGAGCGAUGUCAAGAGGAAGAAUCCUCUGGUGUGCUUACUGCUGGCUAUGUCCGUGUUACAUUCCCUAGUAACAGAACUGAAGGUGGAGAGCACCAGUCAAGUGAUAUAAUUCAAAGUGACAGUGACCUUAUAACAAAGGAUGGUGAGAUGAUUUCUAGUGCCAACAAUAUCAUUCCUGGGACUAAUGAUAUAAUUAUCAGGAGUGAUGACAUUAGACAUGAAGAUGAUGACUCUAUUUCUGGUGCAGAUGACAUUAUUACAACACGUUGGGGUAUCCCUGGUUUGGAAGAAGGACUGUAUGGGCUUCUUGCCAUAUUCUCUCUCCUUACAUUACUUUUUCUUCUUAGUUGUGUAGCUUUUAUCAUGAGGCACAGGAAAAAGUCACCUCCAGAAGGCCCUGGAAAUCCAGAGGCCCCUAACUGGGUAUGGUUGGAGGGUCAGGAAGUUGAUAGUCAAAGGAACCAAGGAGGAGGAAAUGUAAGAGAAGAAGAAGAAGAUGAAAAUGAGCAGUGGGAAGGAAGAGAAAGAGGCCCACAAAGUUUAACAAGCACAUUCCAUCCUGUAAGAAGCUCACAUGAUCCAGAGACAAGCAUUUGUCCUCCAUCUGAUCCAUGUUCCUUUUCUACACCUACAAGCCUAUCCAGGGCAUUACUAGAAGCUAAGAGACCUGAGGUUAUGUCUUUCCAAACAGCAACAACAAACGGAAGCGAAAAAAGGGGGGACAGGGUGCCAGAUGAUCCUUCUGUGCGCUCAAUUCUGGUAGCCAGUGAGGAAGAUAUUAUGUGGGUAUGCAAAGACAUGGGUAUUAGGGAACCCCAGGAAAUACGGAGUUAUAUGGAAAAGAUCAGGGGGGAAACUCCACCCCAAAGUGAUAGGAGAAGAGAAGGGCCUUGGGGGAGGGGUAUUGAAGUAACAGGAGCCUCUGUAAGGAGGCUUACUUAAUGUUUUUGAGAAGAAGAAAAAUUUUGUUAAUUUACGAUCCAUUUAUAGAUAAGAGUGAACAACUUUGUGAGUGAUUUGGAUGAGUAGUUAUUGAUUUCAAAACAUAAAUGCAUUCAGUAUUACCUAAAGAGAUAAGAAAUUAUGGUAAUGUCUCUGAGCCAUCUCUGUAUGGAAUUGUUCAUAUUUUUCUCUUUGAUCGAGGGAAAAUAAGAAUUGGAAUUAUUAUUUAAAAGAUUCAUAGACUUGUUGCUGCAUACAGUUUGUGAUUUUAUAUAAAGGAUGGGUUUUCGGCAUUAUGAUAUUAUCUAUAACCCUUGGUUUAGUGAAGAAAGGCAUGGCCUGUUCUGAGUCUGCUAGCAGUGCUCUUCAACUACAGUUUGUUUUCAAAUCAUCAUCCCUCUAAUCCAGUUUUGAUUACACAGUAAUUUUGAUCAAAGUUUUCCAUUUAGAAUUUAUGGAGCUUAUAAAAUAUUUGUGCCAUAGAGGCAAACCUACA